AUGACUCGAUUACUACUCCUCAGCCUUGCAUGUGCCUCUCUUCUUUUCUCCGAUGCUUUACCUGCUCCUCAAGCGAAAGAGGUUCAAGAAACAGGAACUGUGGUGGAAAAUAGCGAUGCCAGAUCACAACGAGUGAAGCGACACUUCGGUUUUGGAAGAUUUGGAGGCUUCGGCGGUUACCCCGGAGGUGGCUUUGGCGGCUAUCCCGGUGGAGGUUUUGGCGGCUUUGGAGGAGGCUAUCCAGGCUUUGGAGGCUUCGGCGGCUAUCCCGGUGGUGGCUUUGGACGCUUUGGUGGCUUCGGUGGCUAUCCCGGUGGCGGAUUCGGAGGAUUUCCUGGUGGUGGGUUCGGCUCCGGAUUUGGCUCUGGAUUCGGAUUGAGCAGUACCUUGAGCUUAGGCGGAUACAACAAUGGAUUCCUUGGCGGUUUCGGAUAAUGGCGAUCUCUAUCUC